ACCCACAAAUCUCAUUCGGAAUACCUCGGCCGAUUACGGGAUUCUCCAUCGCCGGAUGUUGAUGUCACGAGUAGUUGUCCAAAUAGUUUACUGUUUUGAAGACAACAGGUGAUGAAAAUGAAGAAAAAGGUGUUAUUGAUGGGGAAGAGUGGAUCGGGGAAAACUAGCAUGAGGUCCAUCAUCUUUGCCAACUACAUCGCCAGGGAUACUCGCAGACUUGGGGCAACAAUUGAUGUUGAACACUCACAUGUCAGAUUUCUAGGCAAUUUGGUCCUCAAUCUUUGGGACUGUGGCGGCCAGGAAGCAUUCAUGGAGAACUACUUUGCGAGUCAGCGGGACAACAUCUUCCGCAACGUGGAGGUUCUCAUCUAUGUGUUUGACGUGGAGAGCACGGAGCUGGAGAAGGACAUGCACUACUACCAGUCCUGUCUGGAGGCCAUUCUACAGAACUCGCCAGAUGCCAAGGUCUUCUGUCUCGUCCACAAGAUGGACCUCGUCCAGGACGACCAGAGGGAGAGGAUUUUCAAAGAAAGGGAAGAAGACUUGAAGCGACUAUCAAAACCACUCGAAUGUACGUGUUUUGCAACAUCCAUCUGGGACGAGACACUGUACAAGGCCUGGUCGUCCAUCGUUUACCAGCUCAUUCCGAACGUGCAGCAGCUGGAGACGAACCUGCGUAACUUUGCCGAGAUAAUCGAGGCUGACGAGGUUCUCCUGUUCGAGCGUGCCACGUUCUUAGUGAUAUCUCAUUGUGAGCGGAAGCAGCACCGUGACGUGCACCGGUUUGAGAAGAUCAGUAACAUCAUCAAACAGUUCAAGCUGAGCUGCAGUAAGAUCGCCGCGUCCUUUCAGUCAAUGGAGGUGCGCAACUCCACGUUCGCCGCGUUCAUCGACGUGUUCACCUCCAACACCUACGUGAUGGUCGUCAUGUCAGACCCUUCCAUCCCAUCAGCAGCCACACUGGUUAACAUUAAAAAUGCUCGGAAACACUUUGAGAAGCUUGAACGGGUGGACCAGCCUCAACCAGCCAUGCGAUAAAGCUGUCGGUGACUUGACCAGAAACUUGAGUGUGUGUCAGAUACGGAGAGGAAGUCAGAGAAUCAUAACAGCAACUCUUCUGUGUGCAGGCCGCAAAUCGUGGAACAACUAAACAGUUUUCAUCUCUGCAGAUACAUGUAGCUCAACUGACUAUCCUGUAUUCAGACAAUACAGUAUAUCACAACACAACACAACACAACACAAUCUACAUUGCAACCUUUGUAUGUGUACAUUGGUUAAGGGGAAAUUUUCCCAUAAGAAAGCAAAUAUUUUAACUUGUCACUGGCAUAGGAAGGGGGGCAUGGUUUAUAUAUAUUUAUAUAUAUAUAUAUAUAUAUAUAUAUGUAAGUCUCCCCCCCCCCCCAUCACUUUUUGGCACCUUCCUACACCACUGCUAGUUAGAACAACAAUAAAUAAAUUCACAUAUCUGCACCCAUAACUCGCACAGACAUAUAUAAACAAACACAGUGAAACAUGGUUGUACAUGUCUCGUAGCGUUGUUUUUAUUAUUUUCCUUAAAUUAAAACUUUAAAAAACUAAAAAAAA